GAUCUUAAUAAACACUAACAAGUGAAUGUGACUCAUCUGGGACUUAUUCCACAUUCUUUGUCCAGAUAACAAAAGAGCAAAGUGUGCGUUUGUUUGUGUAACGAAUAAAAACAGAUAACAUGAACAAAGAACAGUGCAUAUUGUGGAAGUGCUAGUGUUUGCAUUCGUGCCAAGUUUAUGGAUUAAAACCAAGUUCACACUCCGGGUCUCUGUGUAACACAUUAUGUUAGUCUGACUAAAACCUGACUAAUGUUAGUGUGACUGACUCAGAAUGGCACUCGAAAAUUUAACACGUAGCUGCAAAAUAAAACUGUUACAAAACCUCAUAAGUAACAAGCUAAAAGAGGCCUGACACCUUAGACAAGGACAGUAGUCCUGGAACAUAUGGUCUGUUUUUCAGCAGGACCAGCCACAGAUCGAUGAGUGUACUUGGGAAAACACAUGUGGUCACAAAACAACACUGAAUUGACUGGAAAGCUUCCACAGCAGAAUGUCUCUCAGGAAGAGGAGGAGGAGGAGGUUCUCACUGAGCAGCAGCUCUGUAACCAGGAGAGGAACUCCAGUCUGGACCAAGAGGAACCAGAGUCGUCUCCACAGGUUGAAGAGGAAGAGGAGGAAAUCUGCACCAAUCAGGAGCAGCUUGAACUGAAGCAGGAGGCUGAUACCAUAAUGUUGACUCCUGAUAUUGAAGACCACAUGAAACCAGAACCAGACACUGACCACCAGCUCCUCUCUGCUGUAACUGAGAGUCAAGACCAGACAGGAAUUAAGCAUGUAGAAAUUACCAUCGUUGAGUCCAAAGAAGAGGUGGAGCGUCAACGCAGUCUGAUGAAAAUUCUUUGGAAACCUGAAGUAAAGCAGAUAGAGCUUCCACAGCAGAAUGUCUGUAAGGAGGAGGAGGUUCUCACUGAGCGGCAGCUCUGUAACCAGGAGAGGAACUCCAGUCUGGACCAAGAGGAACCAGAGUCUUUACAGAUUAAAGAGGAAGAGGAGGAAAUCUGCACCAGUCAGGAGCAGCAGCUUGAACUGAAGCAGGAGGCUGAUACUUGGAUGUCGACUUCUGAGAGUGAAGAAAGUGAUUCCAUGGAAUCAGACAGUGACUACGAGCUCCUCUCUUCUGUAUCUGAGAGUGAAGAUCGGACAGCCGACAUGAGAAAAGCAGGUAAAGGUACAGGUAAAAAGCCCUAUAUUUGCAACAUUUGUAAGAAAUCCUUUGCACGUAAAAGUACCUUGAUCGUCCACAAAAAAACUCACACAGGUGAGAAGCCCCAUAUGUGCGACAUUUGUAAGAAAUGUUUUGCACGUAAAAAUACUUUGAUGUACCACAUCAAAACUCACACAGGUGAGAAGCCAUGUUCUUGUGAAACAUGUGGAAAGUCUUUUAGACAAACUUCGCAUUUGAUACAUCACCAAAGAAUUCACACGCAUGAGAAGCCAUAUAUUUGUAACAUUUGUAAGAAAUGUUUUGCGCUAAAACGUACCUUGGUGGAUCACAUGAGAACUCAUACUGGUCAGAAGCCCCAUGUUUGCAACAUUUGUAAGAAAUCUUUUGCACGUAGAAGUGUCUUGACGCAACACAUGAAAACACACACAGGGGAAAGGCCCCAUAUGUGUGACAUUUGUAAGAAAUCUUUUGCGCGUAAAGAUUGCUUGAUAGUCCACCAAAGAAUUCACGCCGAUGAGAAGACAUUUUCUUGUGAAACAUGUGGAAAUAGUUUUCCAGACUUGUCACAAUUGAUAUACCACAGAAGUACUCACACAGGUGAAGAGCCCCAUGUUUGCAAAGUUUGUAAGAAAUGCUUUGCGCGUAAAGAAGGCUUGAUGGGGCACAUGAGGACACACACGGGUGAAAAACCCCAUAUUUGCGACAUCUGUGAGAGAAGCUUUGCACGUAAAGAUAGCUUGACUGUCCACAUGAGGACUCACAGGUGAGAAGCCAUAUGCCACUGCAGUAUCCAUUGAAAAUCAUUUGGUGACAUCGCACAUUUUAAGGAGAAUUUACGUACCCAUUUUAAGAUUUGUGAAAAGGUUUACUCGUGACCCUUCAUGUGAACAGACUCCAAUGGUUAUCAGUUAGGGACACAUCAUGUACAAGCAGAGUAGUGUCUUUUGUUUCCAUUAUAUGUGGGAGAGCUUUUAUUUGUGGAGAUUUAUGAACAAACCACACAGGAACUGCUGAGUGAAGAGAGAAUCAACUUCAGCCUUUUAAGAAAAGGUGGUUUUAGAGAAUUAUUAAAUGCAGAAGAAACCAUUGAGGCUUAACUUCACACUGAGAAGACGUGUUCACAGUAUCCGUUUUAUUAAGCGAUUAGAUUUGAUUAAACGCCCUUUUUUUUGUUUUAUCAUUUUUAUGAUUGCUCUUUUCGUUAUAUUUCUUUUAAACUUUUAUUGUAGUAUUUAGUGUCCUGGAAAAUAAAGGCAUUGAUUUUUUUCCAACUGUAUGUUUUUGAUUGUUUUUAUACACACCAUCUGUUAGAGUUUGUUGAUGCAAAGAAAUAAAAUGUUCUUUUAAUUAUU